CCUCCUACAUUAGCACUAGCUUGAUGUUGUGCACUUGUAAUCCACUUGUAGUGGAUUGUAUCAUCUCCCUUUAUAAAAACAGUUCAACCAAACGCAUCCUCCCCAAGCCCCAAAAAUCUGAGCUAAAAUGGAGAUUCUUUCUCCUUCCCUAAAUUCUUUCAUGGCAGGACUUGUUUCCAUAAUUCUUUUUUGCUACUACCUGUUAAGGAGGUCCAGACUAAUUCGCCCGGCCAAAUUAGCACCUUUCCCCGCCGGCGCGUGGCCUGUAAUCGGUCACCUCCCCCUGUUGGCAGGAACCGAGCCUCCCCACCGAACUCUGGGAGCGAUAGCUGACAAGUACGGACCACUUUUUACAGUCCGGCUUGGGUUGCGCAAUGCCCUGGUUUUGAGCAGUUGGGAGAUGGCCAAAGAGUGCUUUACCACCAACGACGCGGCGGUGUCGUCGCGGCCGAAACUCGUCGCCGCCAAACACCUGGCCUAUAACUACGCCAUGUUCGUCCUCGCGUCCUAUGGACCCUACUGGCGUGAAUUGCGUAAAAUAGUCACCUUAAAGCUACUGUCAACCAGCCGGCUGGAGCUGCUUUCCUACAUUCGAGUCUCCGAAGUCAAGGCCACCGUAGAAGAGCUAUACAAACUCUGGUCCGCGAAAAAGAACGGGUCGGGUCAGAUUUUGGUGGAGCUGAAGCAGUGGUUCGGGGAUAUGAGUCUCAACGUGAUUCUUAGGAUGGUUGUCGGAAAGCGGUACUUCUCUGUUGGAGCGGUGGGUGAUGAGAACGCAGCCGGGGAACGGCGUUGCCAAACGGCGCUGGAGGAAUUCUUUCGUUUGUUCGGGUUGUUUGUGGUGUCGGACGCCAUUCCUUUUCUUGGGUGGUUAGAUUUUGGCGGACAUGAGAGGGCAAUGAAGAAAACUGCAAAAGAAUUGGAUAGCAUUCUUGGUGAGUGGCUGGAAGAGCAUAAGCGUAAGAGAGCUUCAGGCGCCGUGGCCGGAGGGGAGCAGGAUUUCAUGGACGUGAUGCUUUCUGUCCUUGAUGGCAAAGUCCUUGCAGGUUAUGAUGCUGAUACGAUCAACAAAGCCACGUGUCUGAGCAUGAUUGGAGGAGGCAGUGACACCAGCAUGGUUACCUUAACUUGGGCAAUAUCGCUGUUGUUGAACAACCGCCAUGUGUUGAAAAAGGCCCAAGAAGAGCUUGACAUCGAAGUGGGCAAGGAAAGAAUUGUAAACGAGUCGGACAUUGAUAAGCUAGUCUUCCUCCAAGCCAUUGUAAAAGAGACAUUACGUUUAUAUCCACCAGCGCCAUUAUCAACACCACGUGAGUUUUCGGAGGACUGCAUCAUAGGAGGCUACCAAGUCCCAAAAGGCACCCGGCUGAUUACAAACAUUUGGAAAAUUCAGACAGAUCCACGUGUAUGGUCAGAUCCAUUGAAGUUCGACCCAGAAAGAUUUCUCACCACCCACAAACACGUUGAUGUUAAAGGUAUUGGUCAACAUUUUGAAUUGAUCCCUUUUGGAAGUGGUAGAAGAGCAUGCCCUGGAGCAUCUUUUGCCCUUCAAAUGGUGCACUUAGCACUAGCUAGUUUCUUACACAUGUUUGAGAUCUCAGCUCCCUCUAAUGCACCAGUUGAUAUGAGUGAGAGGGUUGGGAUAACAAACACCAAAGCCACCCCGCUUGAAGUCCUCAUCACACCGCGUCUAUGUUCCGAGCUUUAUGGAGUAGAGACUGUCUAAAGAAUUCGUGUAAGAUUAAUGCUAUUUAAUAGGCUAUGAUACCACUAUUAUAUAAUUAAGAUGAUGUGAUCGAACAUAAAAAUUAAUGCUUGAACUUUGUAUUAUAAUAGUCUAUUCUAUUAUAUAUCAAAUUUGUACUAGUUUUAAGAUAACACC